AUGUCUUCAGGCGAUGAAUUGAAUGAUACAAGAGUACAUUUACUACUCGUAGGAACGAUACUUCCAACAGCUUUGGGUACGACAUUUGUGGCCGGACGUCUCUAUACUCGGGGAGUCAUCACUAGAAACUGGGGAUGGGAUGACUUUUGCAUUGUUAUAGCAUGGAUCCUUACCAUCCUCGUCGCAGUCAACAAUGCACUCUUCUGUAGCUAUGGCGGCGGCCGUCAUGUUGAACUCCAGACCCCGUCAGACAUAGAGCCCUUCUUCAUCCUCGCUUUCGUGUCUCGAAUCCUCUACCAAGUAUCUCUUAUGACGGUAAGAGUUGCCAUCUGUCUGGUCUAUUCACGAAUCUUCCAAGAUCGACUGAGUAGAAUCAUCGUAUACAGUCUAUUGGCUUUCCAAAUUGUAUCAACGAUUCCUCUUACGUUGAUUGUCAUUUUCCAAUGCGAUCCAAUCGUUUCGCAGUGGGACCUCAGCGUGGAACAAGUUCGUUGUAUUGAUCCCUUGCCGGGAAUCAUUGCCUUUACCACUUGUAGUGUCUUCAGCGAUGUGGCGCUUAUUCUUUUUGUUGUGCCAAGAGUUUUACCCCUCAAAAUCAACAAACGUCAAAAGGCAACACUAGUCGCGAUCGUCAGUUUCGGUAUCCUCGUCAUCAUCGCCUCGAUCAUUCGCUUCAUUCGCUCUAAGCCCAUUUUUACCAGUAGAGAUUAUACGUGGGAUCUGUGGGAAAUCACAACGUGGUCGAGUAUUGAACUUAAUACUGCAUUGUUCUGUGUUAGUGCGCCGUGUCUAAGACCGCUGGUGAGGAAAAUGGUGCCCGAUAUUACGUGGUUGAAAAGUGCGGCGACUGCGAGUAGGAGUCAGGCAACGACAGUUGGAAGGAGAAGAAAGAGCUCGGCUGUGGGUUUGCAGGGGAAUAGCGGGAAUGUGAAGAUAGGAGGAGAAGAGAUGCCGCAAAAUGAUUUUAGAAUGGCGUCGAGAUUCACGGUGGGUGGAUCACUGAGUUCUCUCAAUAAUGAUCGACCUGGAAUGGGAAGGAAAGAAAGGAGCAGAGGAAGAGGCAGAGAGGAAUGGGAAAUGAGUGUACUUGGUUCGCGAAAGGGGUCGAGAGCUGUAGUGGACGAGGAAGAUUGGAUUGGUCUUGUUGAUGAUGGGACAGAUGAAGAGGAGAGAAUUAGGGACAGGGUGCGGGAGUUGAGCGGCGUUCCGGUUGUGGGAGUUGGGACGUAG